AUGCCACGUGAUAAAUGUGACAGAGACUUAUUCAAUGAAAAAGCUCAGACCAUUUUAGAAAGGACGCUAAACAGGCAGCAGAAUCAUAAUGUUGCCAAGAAUAUAAUACUGAUAGUUGGCGACGGAAUGAGCCUGGCCACUGUUGCAGCUGCACGUGUUCUUAAAGGUCAGAAAUCCGGAAGGAGCGGUGUCGGUGAGGAGAUGCUCUAUGAAACGUUCCCCAAUGUUGGCUUAGCUAGAACAUAUGCAACCGAUAAAUACGUCCCUGAUUCGGCUUCGACUGCUACUGCCUUUCUAUGUGGUGCGAAGACGAAGUACGAGGGAGUUGGUGUUGACGAUUCGAUAACACAUUCCGACUGCUCAAGUGUACCUGGUACGGAACUGCGAUGCAUCGGAGAAUGGGCUCUUGCAGAAGGUAAAUCUGUGGGAUUAGUAACUAACAUGCGAGUGACGCAUGCAACACCAGCUCCCCUAUAUGCGCAUAGUCCUGAUCGUUGGUGGGAAAGAGAUUCCAAUAUCAAAGACGAGAAAGAUCGCAGUCUCUGCAAAGAUAUAGGUAGACAACUAGUAGAGGACUAUCCAGGAAGAAAUAUUCAGGUUAUUUUAGGCGGCGGAAGGGAGUCUUUGAUGCCUAAUACAACCUUUGAUCCUGAGUAUCCAGAAAAGCGGGGCAAGAGAGCUGAUAAUCGACAACUAAUUGAAAUGUGGAAGAAACACAAACAGUUAAAUAAGUUUCGUUACAAAUAUGUAUGGAAUAAGAAAGAAUUUGAUAAAGUAGAUCCAAAGAAGAUCGACUAUCUGCUUGGGCUUUUUGAGCCAGCCCAUCUAUAUGACGUCACAGAUCGAGAUGAACAAUCAAAACGUACAGACUACGAUGAACCUACUCUUGCUGAAAUGACAGAUAAAGCCAUCAGAAUUUUAUCUCGCAAUUCUAAAGGCUAUUUUCUGUUAGUGGAAGGUGGUCUCAUAGACAAAAUGCACCACAGUGGAAGGGCUGUUAGAGCAGUUUCUGAAGCUUUGGAUUUAGAGAAUGCUGUAAAAGUCGCCUUAGAAAGGAGUUCAAGAGAAGAUACCUUGUUAAUUGUCACAUCUGACCAUUCCCAAGGCAUGAAUUUUGCCGGAUAUGCUCCAGUUGGUCAAGAUAUUUUUGGCAUUGCUGAAAUCUCCAAUGUUGAUAAAAUGCCAUAUACUAGUCUGAUGUAUUCUUCAGGACCUGGAUACAAAAUAACAAGUAAAGGUAGAGAAAACAUCACUGGAAUAAACACAGCUCACAAAGAUUAUGUUCAACAAGCAACAGUUCCUCGCUCCACAGCAACGCAUGGUGGCGAAGAUGUCGGAGUUUAUGCUAUUGGUCCCAUGGCCCAUCUUUUUGUUGGUGUCUAUGACCAGCACUAUAUUGCACAUGCCAUGGGCUAUGCUGCCUGUAUUGGGGCCAACAAGGACCAUUGUCAGGGAGGCAACUUAUAUCGAAGCACAGAUGGUGCAAAACAGGUUGGUGGCUGGAAGUGGUGGGUACAGAUAAUGGUUGCUGUAGCAGUGAUUAUUGCCUACUGAAGAUAGUAAAUAAAUACAAAAAGCGCCUUCAUUGUAAAUUACGAACUAAGACUAACAUAAUCCAUGGAUGUGGAUUUACCAGAGUUGUCAUGGAAGAAACGGGAAAUGGAAAGUGAUUUAUACGAGACAAUAGUGAAGAAGGAAGCAAAAAUAUUAAUGUGAACAUUAAAGGUCCUUAAAGCUUAACAGUCACCUGGGACAAAGAAAGUGACUUUGUAUACUUAAUUCUGUUUCACAUGAUAAAAAUCACUAAAUCUUUGUAUACUUAAUUCUGUUUUCACAUGAUAAAUACGUUUAUAAAGAAUGCGUGUAAAAAAAAAAAGUCAUUGUACCUACGGAAGAAAGGAAGAUUACAAAUCUGCAUUUGAAAAAAAAAAUUCUUCAUGAACAAAACAGAGAAAAAAACAACUGUUUUACACAAAGAUUUUAUUCAUUUUCACUUUCUGACAAUAAACGGCAAAUACCCUUGUAUAUAACUGGAAUAUCACUAUAAAAGUUGUAGACAUCGGUUUUUUUUUCCUUCUCUAUUGAUGAAAUACCUUUGUGAUCUCUUUGUGUGAAUUGUGUGAGCGAAAUCAGCAUGAGUCUCCUCUACUUCACUAGCUGUUAUGCAGUCUAUUCGUGGGUGCCUGUUGUGCCACGAAUAAAAAUUAUUUUUCUUAAAAUUUAGGGAAAAGAACUUCGAAAUUGGCUUGGUCCGCUUGUAUUAAAUCAAAAUGAAACGCGUAAAAAGAGAAAGAAACAUUUAUUCUGAAUUCGUGUAAAAACAUAUUUAGAUAUAUAUUAUUUAAAAUGUAUCAGAUUAAAAAACUAGGGUUUUUCUAUUUAAUAUUUUCGGCCGUUUUGUUUUGAAGGUGAAUAUUGUUUGUUUAUGUAAAGUAAGAUGUAAUUGUGAAACCGAAUAGUGCUCUUAAAGGGGUGGAAGAGAGGCUUCUAAAGCAUGAUAUGAAAUAUAUGGCAGCCAAUAAUUUAGGAGCUAAAAAUCGCUGAGCUCUUCGUCAGGAAUUUGUACAUUAUAUAUCAUAUUUUAUUAAUAUUUCACUUUGUAAUUAGCAACAUAAUUUGUACAUUAUGCUUAAUAAGCCAGUUUUUGUAUUAUAACUAAUGGUUUCUUAUUUUUUUAAUUUGUAAUUCAUCUAAAAAUGAAUAAACAAUUAAAUUUCAUUGAAAACAUU